GUCUUCAAGCUCUGAAUAUUCCACUUUACGCAAGGAAGUUAUUAAGGGUCAAGGUAUUCCGCUGACCGCCUGGCAUAAGUGGCAGCGCAUGCUCAAUGGCGUUCUCUUUCCAUCGCCAUCUUUGAGACUUGAGAGAAGGACUUCUCCAGGAUCUCACUUAUACAUUAAAAUGCCCAAGCAAAUCCACGAAAUUAAGGAUUUCCUCGUUACUGCGAGAAGAAAGGACGCUAAGUCGGUGAAGAUAAAGAAAACCAAGGACAGCGUCAAGUUCAAAGUACGAUGCAGUAGAUACCUAUACACACUUGUUAUUCAAGAUAAAGAGAAGGCAGAUAAGCUCAAGCAAUCCUUACCACCAGGUUUGGCUGUCAAGGAACUCAAGUGAACAAGACAUCUUUGAAAAACAAUAAAUGUGUAUAAUAAUUUAAAAA